AUGGAUUACCUGGGUUUUCUUUUGAGUGUCCAGGCACUUCCUCUGACGACUCAAUUCGAAGGUCCCGAUGCGGGCGUUAUCCAAGAAGCUUAUGCGCACUGUUGUGCGAUGGAGGCUUCAGCUGGGGAGGAGAAGAAAUUGUUCAUGUAUGCACGUGUACUCGGAUACAUGAUCCUCGAGGCUCCGUCUACAUCCGGAUCCUUGUUCAUCGCGCGUGAGAUAAUAGAGUGGCGGAAGAAUAAGUGGGAUUUGAACUUGCUGGCAGAAUUUUAUGUGCAUUAUAUCUUCGGAGCUUUCACCCGCCGCAGAAACGAAUUUACGGAUGAACGCGUGUAUUAUUCCUUCGAGGAAGAGGAUUUGUAUGGUACUCCAGACCCAUAUCCGAGGGGUGAAAAUUCGGCUAGACGUACCGUCUUACACCGCGAUGGAUUUUCGUGUAAAAUAACACACAUCCCCGAUGAGCAAUGCUUUCCUCUAAUGACACCAGCCGAGCGAAAACAAGUACUCGGCGGUCGGCCAUAUCAUCAUCAGGAUCUAAUUUUGUUGUGUAGUAUAAUCCCCCCUUCCAUAGACUGGAACUUUGAUCUGUCUGCAUACGGAUUUCACACGACUGAAUGCUCAAAGACACUCGGAGACCUUCUAUAUGGAUUCAGUGGCAUUCCCGUUGCUACUGAUCUUAGUGGUGAUAUGGUAUAUGACAUGUCGAACAGCAUUGCAUUAGCAUAUGUGACUAGAGAGCACUUUAACGUUCUCGCUCUUUGGCUUGAGGAAGUUCCAGACAAACCCAACACAUAUCUUGCGCAAGCAUACUGUGAGGGAUUAGUCGAUGAUGAUCCACCGGUCAUCACAUUCACAACACCAUCCAAUAUCAAUAUACCGCUACCAAAUUCAAAAUACAUCCGCCUCCAUGCAUCUCUGGCGCGAAUUGCGCAUUUGUCGGGUGUAUACCGAUAUCUUGACAAUUUACCCAUGUUCGUGGAGACGCUUGAUUCGGAAGGCAAGUCGGGGGACAUUUUGAUGGCGAGGCUUUCUCGUGCGGUGUUGAGCGGUUGUAAAUGUGUCACUUGGAUAGAUGUUGAUGAUGAUGACUCUAAAUGA